AGGUGGGUACAGGUUAGUCUGGUGCAUCGUGGGGGAGGUACAGUACUGUGGUGGGUAGCAGCACUUGCAAGUAUAAGAGACAUACAUCCCGCUAUCCUCCUCACAACACUCAGGAUGAACGUCAAGCACGUGACUCUUCUUCUAUUGGCCGUCGCUGUUGCUGAGGCACAGUGGGAGUGUACAGGGCACACAUGUGAAAGUAAUGGCUUCUGUCUACCCUCACGUUAUGUGUGUGACGGCUUUAGUGACUGUGUUGGAGGAGACGACGAAGUAGACUGCACAUACUGUAAGGAAGGUUUCUACAAGUGCGGGACGGAAGACUACUGUAUUGUGGAACAUUAUACAUGUGAUGGCUAUGAAGACUGUCCUGGUGGUGAAGACGAGGCUGACUGCCCUGUUGUAACUGGAACUCCGACGUGUAACGAAGGCCAGUACCAGUGUUAUGAUGGCCUCUGUGUCGAUGAAAUGUUUGUCUGUGACGGUCUCCGGGAUUGUUACGAAUCAGACGACGAGCUGGGAUGUACUGCGUGCAAGGAAGGCUUCCUGUGCUCCAAUGAACUGUGCAUCCCUGAUAGUUAUGUUUGUGAUGACUACGAGGAUUGUAGACGAGGCGAAGAUGAGACUAUAUGCAGUUGCGAUCCAACGGACUUCAUCUGCGACAAUGGUGAUUGUAUUCCUGCAGAUUAUCGAUGUGAUAAUUACUACGACUGCUUUGGUGGGAGUGACGAGGCUGACUGUGAUGCAAGAACUGCUGUCAACUUCCUCCGACCUAAGACCCGAAAACAACAAGGCGUCCCCCACAAGAAGGAGAUUCUCCAAGGGAAGUAACUCUUCUACUGAAUGCAGCAAGUCAGUGGGGAUUCUACAAGGACAUAACUCUCUACUGAAUAUAGCAACAUUCUUCCCAACUAACUUCCUUCGUCGUCUCUACAUCAUUUAUAACUUGGUUUCACAUAUAAAGUAUCAGUAGAAACUCAGGAAUACCAAGAGAGCCACUUAGAAGAACUUUGAUUCAGAACGUAGUAAGAAUUCCCACCAGGAAGCAACUGCUUAAUCAGAAAAUAAAAUAUUCUCACUAUUCCAAACAUAAUUAACGUAAAUCUAACAUCACAGUAAGUUAUUAUCUUGAUAAAUAAUGUGUUGUCAUAUUUUAAAGUUUCAACGAGACUUUUUAUAACUGUAAAAGGUAUGGCAACACCAACAAGAUGUGGAUCAGAGACACUACGAGAACUGGAAAGAGGUCAGAUAAGUGAUUCGUAAGAGUUAACUACAUAACUGUUGUCACUAACAGCAUCCCUCGGAAGUGUGGUAGUUUCAGCAUAACUAAACUCUUGGUAAGCAGGAUGUUAUCCAGUAAGAUAGGGAUGAGGGACUAUGAUACUUAACUAAUGCUAUUAUGUGAUACCAACAGUUGCUAUUACAUGAUACACACUAACUACUGUCAUUAUGUGAUUCCUACUACCUACUGUUAUCAUGUGAUACCCACUAACUAUUGUCAUCAUGUGAUAUCCACUAACUACUGCCACCAUGUGAUACCCACUAACUGCUGUCACUAUGUGAUAUCUACUAACUACCAUCAUGUGAUACCCACUUAACUACUACUGCUGUGUGAUAUCAACAGCUGCCAUCAUGUGAUACCCACUAACUACUGUUGUCACAUGGUACCAGCUACUCACAGAUCUACUACUACUACUACUAUCCCUACUCUCUUGCUCUGCGUUACCUGUCUCCCACACUACACAAGCUUCCAUCUACAUUAUCUCUGUAUUACGACAGAAGAAAUCUAUCGUAGCUGCACGUUUCCUUUAAUAAAUGUUCUGAACGAUA